AUGGAUUUUAUCGCGACGAAAUGGCCCAAGGCCUUUAUGGGCACCACCUUGGUGCAGGCCAUGAUCUGUCUGGCAUUUGAAGCAUAUGUCUUCGGAAAGUUCCAGACGCAACAAGGAAAGACAGUGAAAGCGGAUGACACCACAAACGCACAAUACAAGACGAUCCCGACCUUCCUCAGCCUGUUCAUCUUCGGCUUCCUUUACGAACUGGUUCUUGUGUGGGACGCAUUACGAAUGAAGAAUACUAUUCAAGUUAUUGGCCUCUGCGUUGCCAAUCUGGCCCUCCUGGUCUACACAGCUAUCCAGAUUGACCAGAUCAAAAUGGCCAUCACGCUGCUGGGCCAGGCAGGCGGCCUGAAGGACGUACCAGUCGGAAGACCAGAAGCUGCUCUAUGGGCUGACUGCAAGCCGUACCUUGUAGCCAUUCCCAUCAUCCUUGCUGUUGGGACCCUGUGCAUGGCUUUCAUCGCUUGGAAGCUAUACCAGGAGUUCGCUUGGGAUAUUCUGAAGUACAUCGGUGCGGAUUAUCGCAUGAAGAAGCGUUUCUUGUACUAUCAGAUCUAUAUCGCAUUGUUGAAGUUCGAUUUCUUCUUCUUCGUCGGCUUCACCGUCCAAUUCCUCGUUAUCGUCGGCGGCAAGACGGACGUGGAAUUCGGUCUUACCAUUGCUGCCGUUCCCGUCACGAUUGCCAUUCUGCUGAUGGCCGCCUUCUUCACCCGACACGAGUCGAAGCCGGGCAUGUGGGGCAUCAUCAUCCUGUACUUCGGUGGUCUUGCCUACUUUUUCUUCAAGCUCGUCCGAAUCUAUCAGCCUGGGCACAGUGAUUUCUACUUGCCCGUGAGGAGGAGUCUGACGGCUUUCGCUGUUCUGACUAUCUUGCUCAUCAUUCUCACAAUCGCUAAUGCCUUCAUCUGCAUGAGCAACUUCAACGCGGGCCUGAAGCAACACCUCCUGAAGCCAAGCAGAGACGUCGAGAAGCCGGAUGCGAAUAGUAUUAGCCUCAACGACGUGAAGCCGCAGCUGCCGAGCCGGAUGACUAUCGACUAA